AUGGCCAGACGCAGUCUCUUCUUCUUCACAGUCCUCAUCAUCUUCCUUGCUCUCUCAGUGAGAAGUAACGGCCAAGGAGUAGGAAUAAACUACGGCCAAAUAGCUAACAACCUCCCAUCUCCGGCGAGAGUGGCCACACUCCUCCGAUCACUAAACAUCUCCAGAGUAAAACUCUACGACGCAGAUCCAAACGUUCUCUUCUCCUUCUCAAACUCACCAGUCGACUUCAUGAUCGGACUAGGCAACGAGUUUCUCCAAAACAUGUCGACAGAUCCAACAAAGGCCCAAAACUGGAUCCAGCAACGGCUCCAACCACACAUCGCGAAAACCCGAAUCACCUCGAUCGUCGUCGGAAACGAAAUCUUCAAAACAAACGACCGCGUUUUGAUCGAAAACCUCUUGCCAGCGAUGAAAGCGGUUUACGCGGCUCUCGUCAAUCUCGGAUUAGAGAAACAAGUCGCCGUCACUUCAGCUCACUCGCUAGACAUUCUCCAAACAUCGUAUCCUCCUUCUUCCGGAUCAUUCAAAGAGGAAUUCGUUCAAUUUCUCCAACCUCUUCUCGAUUUCCACUCUCAGAUCAAAUCUCCGUUCUUAAUCAACGCUUACCCUUUCUUCGCUUACAAAGACAGUCCCAGAGAGGUUCCAUUGGAAUACGUUUUGUUUCAGCCGAAUCAAGGGAUGAUUGAUCCCAACACGAAUCUCCAUUACGAUAACAUGUUGUUUGCUCAAGUCGACGCGCUUUACUCCGCCAUUAAAACGCUGGGCCAUACGGAUGUGGAGGUUCGGAUCUCGGAGACGGGGUGGCCUUCGAAAGGAGACGAGAAUGAGAUCGGAGCUUCGCCGGAGAACGCCGCGCUUUAUAACGGGAAUCUGCUGAGGUUGAUUCAGCAGAGGAAAGGGACGCCGGCGAAGCAGUCGGUUCCGAUUGAUGUUUACGUUUUUGCGCUUUUUAAUGAGAAUCUUAAACCGGGUCCGACUUCUGAGAGGAAUUACGGGUUGUUUUAUCCGGAUGGUAAACCGGUUUAUAAUGUCGGUUUACAGGGUUAUCUUCCUGAUAUUAUCUACAGUUCAAGCGCAAUUACAAUCAAGAUUUUGAAUUUGUGGAGAGCCGUGAUGGGUUUGGCUGUGACCGGGUGGAUACUUCUUGAUAUGGGCGGCAAAAUAUGGAUGAGAUAA